GCGGCGGCGACAGUUUGAGGUGUGGGGAUAUACAGCGCGAUGGCGGUGACGCUGCCUGUCGACGAUGAUGUCCCUUUAAUCUUGACAGACGACAGCACGGGGAUCAGUGCCGACCCAGACAGAGAGGAAAUCCCCAACGAAAAUGGAGGAGGAUAUGACAUUAUCAAUACUGAAGUGAUUGCAACACCAGACGUUCGAGAGUACAGAGUGAGCUAUGGUUCUCUGAAACAAAUCUGGGAGAUGAAUUAUCAGGAAGCAGCAAUCUACUUACAGGAGGGAGAAAAUAAUGACAAGUUCUUCACUCACCCAAAAGAUCAAAAAGCCCUUGCAGCCUACCUCUUUGUGCACAAUCACAUAUUCUAUGUGAUGGAGCUGAUUUCUGGAGUGCUGUUGCUGAUACUCUCCUUAUGUGAAGCUCCAGCUGUUCCCUCGCUCCGUCUCGACAUUUAUGUGCAUGCCACACUGGAAUUGUUUGCACUUGUCACAGUGGUGUUUGAACUUGGUAUGAAGAUGAGGUGGUUGGGCUUUCAAACCUUUAUUAGACACAAAAGAACGAUGUUGAAAAGUGUGGUUUUGUUUGUACAGUUUAUAGAAGUUAUUGUGGUAUUAAUCAGGCAAACCUCACACGUCCGGAUAACUCGAGCAUUGCGGCCAAUCUUUCUGGUAGACUGCAGAUAUUGUGGAGCGGUGAGAAGAAAUUUGCGUCAGAUUUUCCAGUCUCUCCCUCCUUUUAUUGACAUUUUAUCGUUACUACUUUUCUUCAUGGUCAUUUUUGCCAUCCUGGGAUUUUAUUUGUUUUCUGCCAAUCCAUUGGACCCAUAUUUUAGCACUCCGGAAGACAGUCUUGUCAGUUUGUUUGUUCUCCUAACUACAGCUAAUUUUCCAGAUGUGAUGAUGCCAGCUUAUUCCAAAAAUCGUUGGUCCUGUGUAUUCUUCAUUGUGUAUUUAUCCAUUGAGCUCUACUUCAUCAUGAAUCUGCUUCUCGCCGUGGUGUUUGACACAUUUAAUGAUGUUGAAAAGAAGAAGUUUAAAUCACUGCUUUUACACAAACGAUUGGCAAUAGAACAUGCCUUCCGUCUUCUGGUCAGUAAAAGGAGGCCUAAUGGGAUUUCCUUCAAACAGUUUGAGGGCUUAAUGAGGUUCUACUCUCCAAGAAUGAAUGCAAGAAAUAAAUAUCUCGUCUUCAAAGCACUGAAGAAAGGCGAUGCAGAGUUUCUUGGAAUAGAAGAUUUUUACAACUUCUAUGAAGUUGCUGGAUUAAAAUGGAAAGCAAAAAGAAGUGGAGACUAUUGGUUUUAUGAUCUUCCACACACUCCAUUUCUUAUAUUUAAAGGAAUUAAUAUCCUUGUGAAGUCCAAAGCAUUCCAGUAUGCCAUGUAUGUUGUUAUUGCUGUAAAUGGAAUUUGGAUACUGGCUGACACGCUCAUGAUCAAAGAUGGUGCCUUUUUCCUCCGGAUUGUGCCCUGGAGUUACAUUGUAUUUCUCACAAUUUACGGGGUAGAAAUGUUACUGAAAAUCACUGGGCUGGGACCAUCUGAAUACUUCACAUCUGGCUGGAAUCUAUUUGAUUUCUUGGUCACCGUAUUUGCAUUUGUUGGAAUCGUGGUCUUAGCUUUUGAUAUGGAACCAUUCUAUUUCAUCGUCAUCUUGAGGCCACUUCAGCUGCUAAGAUUGUUUAAGAUUAAACGGAGAUACAGAGAUGUUCUGGACACAAUGUUUGAAUUACUUCCCAGAAUGGCAAGCUUAGGGUUGACACUCAUGAUUUUCUACUACUCGUUUGCAAUUGUGGGAAUGGAGUUUUUUGGUGAUGUUCUCUAUCCUAACUGCUGCAACAAUAGCAUGGUAGCAGAUUUCUAUCGCUGGGAAAAUCGGACCAUUGGUGUCAGAACUGUGAUACAGGGAUACUACUCUCUCAAUAACUUCAAUAACAUCCUUAACAGUUUUGUAACAUUGUUUGAGUUGACUGUUGUAAACAAUUGGUAUAUAACUAUGGAAGGUGUGGUAUCUCAGACUACAAGCUGGAGUCGCAUUUACUUUAUGACUUUCUAUAUUGUAACUAUGGUUGUACUGACUAUUAUUGUUGCCUUUAUUUUGGAUGCAUUUCUGUUCCGCAUGAACUACAGUAGAAAAAGUAAAGAUGAGGGAGAUGAAAAUGGAAUUGUUUUUGAGACUGAGGUAGACAAAGAUGAAAUUGAUAGACUUCUUGAGUUUAACAAACAGAAUGGUUCUCCAUCUUCUGAGAUCUCUGGACUUUUCAAAUUGUCAUCCAGAAUGGCAAGCAAUGAUCAGAUUAAAAUGGUUUUCAUUGGCAGAAGAUUAAGAACUAAAAGUGAUCUAAGCAUUAAAAUGUAUGAAGAGGAAAUUCAGGAAUGGUUUGCAGAGCAUGCCCGCGUAAACCGAAUGCAGCAUGAUCAACCACUUGAAUGUAUCUUGAACUCGAGCACUCACCUGCCUUCUACAGAACUACGACAGCGAUCACAGACUGUAACUUAGGAACAUAACAUACAAAUCCACUAUGCAAUAAUUAUUCAGUGUUACUAUAUAUUUUGUGAUUUGCACACAUGCACUUGGAGAUGUUUCACCAGUUGUAAGAACUACGGUGUUGGCAGAAUCCUGGCAAGGGCUAGAAUAGUGAAAGAUAGUGCCCAUUUUAUUGAGAAAUUUUAUGAUAACUUUUAUCUGUGAUAAGUUAUCUGUAACAUAGUAAGUCUUCUAAUUGUAUUUGUAAAAUAUGUCAGCGUUAUUUUAGAUUUAUUUCAUUGUUAGCUUUUUUACAGCAUUCAUUUGAUACCUGGCUUGCACAAGUGCUGUCUGGAUAGCUACUCUCCAAACGUUAAUAUAAUAUCUAUCCAUUUGGCACUUUAAUUAUUUGUAGUAAAUCAGUUCUCAUUGUUUGAUUCUAUUCAUAAAAUGUAAUGUUCUUGUAAGAAGCACUGUCUCCUGCUUGACAAAAUCCAAUUCCCAAGGUUAUUUCUAUUUGUAAGCCAUAGUGUUAAAUGCAGGGAGACAAGUGAAAGUAUUAAUGGAACAUUAGCAUGGUAAUGUAAUGAUUUCAGAUAGAGUCACCAAUACACUUGGGACAUUAGACUAAAAAUUCAAUUCUUGCUAUUUUCCACUGGAAACUUAAUGGUCUUGAUACUCAGUUUACUUUUAACUACUGCAGGCAUCUCCUGGCUUAGGGUGCAUAUACGUUAUUUAAAAUGUGUCUUCAAAUUAUGAUGCUUCUCUGAUUGGAGUAGGCCAUGUUAUUUGCUGAAUUCUGAGCAGUACCAAACUUAAUAUUUGUUUCUUCUUCAGAGAGGUUUGAUAUCAGUUCGGGCUGAGGCGUGGUGACCCUCAGGUUAAACCAUCACCUGUUAUCUCUCUAAUGAGGGAGCUGCCCUAUUGUCCUCUGGUACUUUGCCGACUUUACCUUUUAUAUAUCUAUCACCCAAGAUUCUUAUUUUACAUAUAUAAAAAGUAAUGCUUUCUUGAACAUACUGUAUUUUAGUGAAACUGAAGACUCUACUGAUAUAAUGUUUUUAUGAACAGGGUGCCAUUUCAAGUUAUCAAAGUGAGUGAGAUAUAACAUGUAAAUCUGUAUUAGUUACCUAGUAUUUGAGUGCUGUGAGACAAGGACCUGAAUCUUCAUCUUCGAGGUGCAAGUCAUAAGUCAAAUCAUCCCUAACCUCACUAUACCACAUCUUGCCCAAGUUACCGAUUUGCCACCUCCAAAAACAGGCAGAUGCUGAGGCAAGAGGUUCAGAAGACCUACUUGCAGUUUCUGGAGACAUCAGUCCAAUUCAGUAAAUGUGUGUGGCCUCUGGCACUCACUCCCUUUCCAUUAAAUUCAUGCCCCUUCCAUGCCCAUUAUGUCCACUCACCCACCGCUAUAUAUCCUCAUCACCUAAACCCAUUUCAGAAUCUCCAAACCCACUCAUCCAAUAUUCACUAUGUGCAGAACUCAAGCCCUUUAAUAAAAUUGGACGUAUUUGCAGUGCUCAUAAAACUAUCAAAAAAUCUGUCUGCUUGACAGUUGUGUCAACAUCCCUACUGACCUGAAACUAUUAUUGUGGUUUGGAGCUCUGCCAAGUAUUCAUUAUGACAAGCCAUUGAAAAUUUGUAAAAUAAAUUCUAAGGUUGAACAUGUUAGAACCCGUGCAGUUAUUGAAAGCGCUCAAUCAUCUGUUCAAACUUUGAAGCUGAGGAGCAGAUGUCUAAGUUUUCAAUCAGAAAGCUUGUGCAUCUGUACGUGCUUAAAGCUUAAAGGCGCAGAUAUACUAACGAUGAGUCAAAGGAGCCCAAGCAUCUGCUCAACCUUAAAAGCAUGGAGACAGAUGUCUGUACUUUUAGUUAAUUAAACAAUUAAAUUACAUUAGACCAUUUACACAGUCAGAUCUGAUUGUCAGUAUUGCAAAGUGGAAAAGAGCACUUUAUCCACAGCAUCAUGGACUCUAAUGCAUCUGAGGACUUUUCUACUUUCACAGCAAUGGUCAAUUUAAUGGUCACUUACCUUUUAAAAUAUUAAACUUCUAAUAUUGCGUUAUGCCACGUGAAGUUGCCACUAUGUUUUGAACUUAUCUGUCAAGAGGUUCCCAACUCCAGGCCAGGGAUUUUCCGUGGUUCACAACUUUUAUGAGCUGUUGUGAACCAUGUUGCCUUUAGAAAUUCAUACAAAUCAUGAAUAGUCCAAAAUGCCCAGCCUGAAGCCACCAAAGUUAGUUAUUCUACAUGCAAAUUUGUUAUCUAUACCAUCAUCCCAUGCCGGUAAAAUUAUUGGCAAUAGCUAAGUGGACGGGAAUCCUGGAAUUGGGUCCUGCCCCCCAUUUUGAAGCCUCACCCAUUUCCAUUACAAUACUGAUAAAAGCAUGGAAAUCCUGCCCAAGGUAUUUCUUAUGACUAUUGUAAAUGUUUUGUUAUAUAGAAAUCAAAAUUACAAACUAAGAUCAAUCUUCUACGGUCCAAUCUGGAAGCAUUGAAGGGAGAGAAAUCUUCCCUUUGGUCAAAAAUAGGCUAAUAGUGCCUCUUUUGGAAAUGGAAUGGCAUUUUGAAGUUUUGAUUGAUUUAGGGAUUAGAAAUAUUUAUACAUGGAAUUUUCUCCCAAGUUUCCAGAUGUUCAUGACUCUUCAGAUUAAGCCUGGUCAUUCUAUAGACUAAACAUGAUGUAAUUUCCCAUUCCCUUUCGUAAUCUUGGAAGUUAGUGGCAGUUUUGUUAUGAAUUAAUAAGACAUGAUAAAGAAAUGGUUUUUGCAUAGUGAUCAUGCUCAGACAGUUUUACAGUAGUAGUUGUAUUGGUUACAAAAUUGAAGAUUUGCUUGUUGAAAAUUUAUUGGAAAUCUAAUAGAGAAUAAACAAGAAUAAUUGAACUCAAUUCAAUGUACUUGGAAGCUGUCAAAAAAAUUGUGUAUGAUAAGGAUCAACAUAAUAUUUAGUAUCUUUAUCGUUUAGUGCGAAAUAUAGAAAGAAAUUGAAUAUAUGCUGCCACUUUGAUUUGGAAUUAUUCACCAGGAUACAAACUAACUGAAACAAGGUGUAAUAGUGACCUUCUCGGAGGCAUUAACAACUCGAGGCAGAGGAGUUAAUUUAAGUGAAUCGGGCGGUUUAUUACAAACAGUUACCAGUAAAUGCAGGGAGAGGAACUCUAGGUAGACACGCAGGAAUACCAGACUCACUGAUCCAUGAGCACAAGUUACAGCUUUUUAUACAUGGAAAUAAAUAACUUGUUUAGCAAUCAUCAGCAGUUUAUCUCCACCCGCCUUUCUAGUGUGGUUCCUCCCUAGGGCACAUCAUGUGCUCUCAUUUGAGUUUGAUAAUUUAAUCAGAGUUUGAUAGUUUAAUCAGCUACCUACUUUGUCAGCUUUUCCAGUCCUAUCGACCUGUCUAAUCUUGUCAACCAGCUAUCUAAUGGUCAGGGUACGUGGUCCCGUGGUGUAACUGAAAUGUCACAGAGAUGUCGGCCAUUUCAGCAUUGUCAAUAAACCACAUUGUUCCACCUCACUAAGCUUUGCUUAAGCAUAUUCAGUCAACUAUUUCAUGUCUAUUCUAGUGCGUGCGUGAGAGAGAGUCUUCAGAGUUAAAAAAAACAAGCAGUAUUCAGUAGCAGAGAUAGUAGGAACUGCAGAUGCUGGAGAAUC